ACUCUGUUCCCAAUCUGUCUUCUCUCCCUAUACUCAGGAAGCAACAUUUCCGAGGAAGAAAAGGGUAUUAUCCGGUUCCCAAAUUUCCUCCAAAUGGCGAAGGGGAAAAAAUGCCCUUCUCCGCUUCCACUCCGACUUGGGCACUGCACCGCCGCCUGGUCCCUGCUAAUAAAAGCUCAAAGCGUAAAUGGCUUGGGGAUUAUUGGCUCUCGUCCUUGGACCGAGACAUGAGAUCACGAUUUUCAGCCUGGGAAGGAACCGCCUCUGCCAGGCUGCUGAGGCCGCCGCUUCCCCUCCCUGCGCGGGUCCUGCAUUACAUCACGGCGACAGCAGUCGGAGGGGGGAGGCAGAAGCGCCUCCUCCCCGCCCUGAGCCCGGGAGGCAGCUCAGGGGGAGAGAGGAAGGUGCCUCACCCAGCCCCCCAUGAGGGGCGGACGGUGCCAUGGCAGCUCCCGCGAACGACAGAGGCGGUAGCACCCAGAGCAGGAGCAGCAGCCCCGGGAGCCGAGAGGGAGCUGGGGGCACUGCGGCUGCGAGAGGUCGCGACGGCGACGACGGGGACACCGCCGGAGCCCGGGACCCCGCGGCGUCCGUCCCCGGCCUCCCCCCUCCGCUCGAGGACUACGAGUGCAAAAUCUGCUACAACUACUUCGACGCGGACCGGCGCGCCCCCAAGCUGCUGGCCUGCCUGCACACCUUCUGCCAGGAGUGCCUGAGCCAGCUGCAGCUCCGCGCCGCCGCCGCCGCCGCCGCCGCCUCCUCCUCCGGCUCGGCCCCCGAGCGCGCGCCUCGCCCUCCGCCCUGGCACGGGCCGCCCGGCGCGAUCGCGUGCCCGGUGUGCCGCCACCGCACGCCGCUGCCGGACAGCCGCGUGCACGGCCUGCCCAACAACACCAAGCUCGCCGAGGCCUUCCCGCUGGCCCUGCGCGCCGCGCACGACCCCCUCCCCCAGGACCGCCUCCCGCCGCUGGCCUCCCGCCGCCCCGCGCCCACCGCCGCCGCCUCCCCGCCGCCAGCCCCCGCCCCGCGGCCCGAGCCGCCGGCGCCACCCCCCGCUGAGGACGCCGCCCCCGGAGCUCGGGGACGCCCGGGUCUCCGCGCCCCGGGCGCCUACGAGAGCUGUCAGAACUGCAAACGCGCGGCUCUCACCGCCGGCUGCGUGUGCGUGGUCUUCUCGUUCCUCUCCAUGGUGGUGCUCCUGUUCACCGGCCUCAUCUUCGUCAACCACUACGGUGGCGGCGGCGGCGGUGGCGGCGGCGGAGGUGGGGGGACCCCGGGCAGCGGUUCGGUCCCCGGCCCCGCCCCAGCCACCGGCUCUCCUUCGCCCUCUCCGGUGGGACCCAUCUGCCUGUCGGUGGCUAGCAUCCUGGCGCUCUUCUCGGUGGUGGUCACCUGGAUCAUCUGCUGGCUCAAGUAUCGGCCCGAGGGGGCGGCCGCGGGCUCCGCGGGAAGCGGCGGCGGGAGUGGCUCGAGGGCGCGGGCGGCUGCAGCCCCCGGCGGCUCCAGGAUGGGCGACACUUAACGGGCAGGCACACCUGAGCGGCCGCGGGGGACCCGGCCUUGGACUCAGUGCACUGGGGGUUUCUCCCCGCUCCGUGUGUGACCACGGGCCACUGAGUCACUUCGGAGGGGGGGAGCUCGGUCCCCCGCCUCUUGAUCUUUCCGUUCCCUACUUCCUUUACCUUGGGCGAGAGAGGGAGACAGAAGAAAAAGGGAUGCUGAGGUUGUGUGUGUGUUGGGGGGAGGGUCCCCUUUUAUCCAGACCUCUGCCUUACGCGCCACCCCCAUCCUGAUCAGAGAGUGUGGCUGUCCCUUCCCCAGAGCCCGAGGAUGUGCGGGAAGCGGAUUCCUGGCGCCUGGAACUUGGGCGCGCGUGCUCGCCCGCAACACUUGUGAACAUUUGCCUAAAGGAAAAAAAAAAUGAAUAAGAUGUAAACGCAGACGAUCUUCCUGGUUCUCGGAGAUACCGGGAGGGCAGAAACCGAUAGCUAGUUAGUCCGGGGCCCGGCGCCGAGAGAUGAGCAUCACGUUGGACUUAGCCGGAGCAGCCGGUCAGCGAGGAGCCGGACAGGUGCUCAGCGCGCGUGCGCGCCCCGGGCUGGCUCUGUUCUUUCCCAAGCCGGCGCGCACUCGCUGGCGAUCCGCUGCUUUCCGCCUGGUGGCUGGAGCCGAGCCCAGAAAUCUCAUCUCCUGGAGGCUUGAGGUUGUUUUAGUCUCAGUAUUAUUGCCAGGAAGUCAUUUUCUUCUUCUGUAACCGGACUCGACUCAGGGAGCUUAAAGAGCCUGACCUCCCUUCUCUGGAAACUGACUGACUGUUGCCCCCACCUGGAAGACACUGAAAAGCUAUUUAUUCAGAGUAUAAACUAUAGGUUUCCAACUUUCCUGUGAACCCUCCCCCAUUUCACUUAAAAAUAACUUAUUUUUUUGAAUAUAUAAAUCUGAAAGUUUUGCACAUGAGGAUCUUCAAAAGUUGUUUUGAGCCGUGUCGUUUCUCUCUUACCUCUGAUCCCAAAUGCAUUUCAAAACAGUAAGCAGAAAAAUCAAGGUGUGUUGGCAAUUCACUCAAGAUUUUAUACUGUGAAACAAUAACUUCCAACUAUAUAAAAACGUAAAUAACAAUGCCCAAAGAUAAACUGAAAAGUGUCUCUGACUGUCAAGAUAAUGUACGUUUAUCAUAUUUUGAGUUUAACUUUCUGCUGUCGUGGAAUCAUUGAAACGUCCACAGCCAAUGGGGGGGAAAGUACACAUCGACGUGAUUUUGAGACUAACGGAACGAUUUGUGUGUUCAGUGCACGUGGCUUAGUUGCCUUUUCAAAGGAAAGACAUGGAUCUAAGUGUAUUUUGCAUGAAAACAAAUGUCUUAUUCCACCUUUUGGAAGUUGGAAAAAGAUAAGUUUUCAUACUUAAAAAAAAAAAAAAAUCAGCGAUGCCACCGAGGGAGUGCUGUUUAUCCUCAUGUAUAAUGUUGCCUGCAUGAUGCCCUCUCUAUUAACUGAACUUGAAUGGCGCAUUUAUAUCUGUCUUAUGUGUGAAAUAAUUUAUUGGCCAUCCAAAAGUAGCUUGGCUGCAAUUUAGGAACCACAAUAUGGUGUGUUAUGUGUCUAUGCUGUCUUAAUAAAAACAGGAAGCGUUUAUA